AUGAUGUAUAAGGCAAUCAUCCCGAUUGUACUCGGGCUAUCUUCUUUUUUUCCUUCCGCCCUCGCAGACCCCACCUGCCUCUCUCCCUCGACUCCGGGGGGUGUAGCCAGCAAGAACGCCUGCUGCCCGAGCACCAGCAGUCAGGGGGAGGACCCGGUUGACGGCACUGUUUACGAAUACAAGUGCGGCGCCUAUGCAAAGAAAGACUACCUGUCUGGGGGGACUGCCUCCAGCGCCCUAGACUGUGCCCGGCAGUGUGCAGCACAAGCAACCGCCAGCCAACCCUGCCACGCCGCCAACUGGGGCCCGGACAAUAACGAAUGUCAUCUAUACGGCUCCGGAUUCGGGCAGAGGGGCGAUACCUCUGGUGACUGGAUUCUCCUGGUUCGGACCGAUCGUGCGGCCCAAGAUUGCCAGGACGCUAUUGACCAGGCAGUCGGGGUGGAGAAGGUGGACUGCCAGACCAAGUUGAACGACAAGGAUUUGGACAAGACCAAAGCCGUGAAUGCUGAAAAGACCGCCUGCACCAAGCAAGUCAACGAUGAGAAGUCCGCCUGYACCAAGCAAGUUAAUGAUGAGAAGUCCGCCUGCACCAAGCAAGUCAACGAUGAGAAGUCCGCCUGCACCAAGCAAGUCAACGAUGAGAAGUCCGCCUGUACCAAGGAUGAGAACGACAGAAAGAGCAUUCUCGGCCGGAGACAUUACACAGUCUACUAUGAUAAACAAAUUGACUGGAUCAAGAUUAAAAACAACCUCGUGGAAGAUAUCGUAUCACCUCAUCUAUGUUAUGAACUCUGCGCUCUGGAUUCCACGUGCCGCCAUGCAUAUUGGCAAGGCAAUUAUCACUGCUACAAGAUCACAGAGAACAUUACCACAGCGGACCUUAGAUCGGCUCCUGGGAUGACUGUGCAGACUGCUAUCUUUAACUAG